UGGGGUAGACGGGGAAGGAGUCCAGAGAUUUGUUGCCAGAGAGAAACUCACAAAAGACAGAUUGCACCGUGAAUCAACAAAAAACACAUUUACAUGAAAUAUGAGCGGGAUUAAUGUUAAGAAGCUCAAAGUAAAUGAGCUGAAAGAGGAGCUCCAGCGCCGGGGCCUUGACACCCGCGGGCUGAAGGCGGAUCUAGUGGACCGGUUGCAGGCUGCACUUGAGGCCGAGGCUGCAGGAGACGGGCCGCCGGGAGAUCAAGGAGGAGAGUACGGGGUUGGCGGGGAAGCUGGGGAACCUGACUAUCCAGAAGAAGAGUAUGAAGGUGAGGAACAAGAUAAUGGUGGCGGCCAGCAACAGUUUGACGAAGGAAACGGGGCGGAGGAAGAUGACGCGCAAAGCAACGAAAGCAACGACGAAGAGUACAACACUAACCAGGAGAACAGCGGACUCGGGCCCCCAGACGCGGGCUACGGGAUCGGGGACUUCACCUCCGAUGUUAUGGCGCAGCAGAUGGCCGCCCAGUACCCCUCGGGAGAGGAAUUCGAGCAGCCGGCGAGGCACGAUUACGAGGAGCCUCAGGUCAAGCAGCAGUAUGAGGAACAGGAGGACAGCCAGGGCUACGAGGAGCCGCCCGCGGAGCAGAGCUACGAACAGCCCCCAGCCCAGGAGGCGUAUCAGGAUCAGGCGGUGAAACAAGAGUACGAGGAGCCUGCCGCGGCUCAGGAGCAGUACGAAGAGCCAGAAGCCAAACCCGAGGAGUCAGAGUCGGAGUCAAAGCCCCUGAGCGAGGAAGCUGAAGUGAAAGAAGAGGAAAAGAAGAGUGAGGACGUGUCCCAGCAGCAGCAGCAGGAGGAGGCGGAACAAGUAGGUCAGUGGGGGGCCAUGGACGCGGAACAGGGGGGUCAGAUGAAACCCGAGGACGAUCGCUACAUGUCCUACAGCCGCAAGAGGUCCUACGAGGAAGGCCACGGAUACAGCUAUUACGAGCACCGCGAAGACAGGAGGGGGCGGUCUCCACAGCCUCCAGCUGAAGAAGAGGAGGAAGAGUUUGAUGACACUCUUGUGGCAAUUGACACAUAUAACUGUGACCUGCACUUCAAAGUGUCCCGCGAUCGGUACAGCGGCUACCCUCUGACCAUUGAAGGGUUCGCUUACCUGUGGGCAGGUGCGCGGGCCUCGUAUGGUGCCAGCAAAGGACGCAUCUGUUAUGAAAUGAAGAUCACUGAAGAGAUCUCAGUGAAACACUUGCCUACCAGCGAACCGGAUCCACACGUGGUAAGAAUAGGCUGGUCCUUGGACUCCUGUACCACACAGCUGGGUGAGGAACCCUUCUCCUAUGGAUAUGGUGGCACUGGGAAGAAAUCUUCCGACUGCAAAUUUGAGGAUUACGGGGAGAGGUUUGGUGAAAACGAUGUCCUGGGGUGUUACAUUGACUUUGAGAGCGGAGAGGAGGUGGAGAUGGCUUUCUCCAAAAACGGGAAGUGGCUCGACGUGUGUUUCCGCGUCUCCCGUGAAGAACUGGACGGACGACCGCUCUUCCCACACGUGCUGGUGAAGAACUGCGCCGUGGAGUUCAACUUUGGCCAGAAAGAGGAGCCGUUCUUCCCCCAGCCGGAGGGCUAUACCUUCAUCCAGCAGGUUCCUCUGGAGGACAGGGCAAGGGGCACGGUUGGACCGUCUUCCAAAGCCGAGUGUGAGAUUCUGAUGAUGGUGGGUUUGCCUGGCGCUGGGAAGACCACAUGGGCAGUGAAGCAUGCUCAGGAAAAUCCUGCCAAGAAAUACAACAUCCUGGGCACCAACGCCAUCAUGGAUAAGAUGAAGGUGAUGGGGCUGCGUCGUCAGAGGAACUACGCCGGCCGCUGGGACAUCCUGAUCCAACAGGCCACGCAGUGUCUCAACAGACUCAUCCAGAUCGCAGCGCGCAAGAAACGAAACUACAUCCUCGACCAGACAAAUGUAUAUGGAUCAGCCCAGAGACGAAAAAUGCGUCCUUUUGAAGGUUUUCAACGCAAGGCUAUUGUAAUUUGUCCCACGGACGAGGAUUUAAAAGAACGAACGUUAAAGCGAACUGAUGAGGAAGGGAAGGAUGUUCCCGAUCAUGCUGUUUUAGAAAUGAAAGCCAACUUCGUGCUGCCGGAGUCCGGAGACUUCCUGGACGACGUGAUCUUCGUCGAGCUCCAGCGGGAGGAGGCCGACACGCUCGUCAAACAGUACAACGAGGAAGGCCGCAAGGCCGGCCCACCCCCCGACAAACGCUUCAACAACCGCCCGGGCGGCUUCCGCGGCCGCGGGGGGUUCCAACGCUACGACAACCGCGGCGGCCCACAGGGCGGCAGGGGCGGCUAUCAGAGUCGGGGAGGCCCUGGAGGUGGAGGCUUCCGCGGGGGGUAUAACCGUGGAGGUUACAAUCAGAAUCGCUGGGGGAGUAACUAUAGAGAUGGAGGCGUAGGAGCUAGGGGUGGGUACAAUCGUAGCCAGCCGUCCGGGGGAGGCUACAACCACAACCACCAGGGCUCAUACAACAAGAGUGGUACUGGAACCAGCAGCGGCUACAGCCAGUCCCAGCCGCAGAGUUACAAUCAAGGCUAUAACCAAGGCUACAACCAGGGGAACUACAACCAAGGUUACAAUUAUGGCAGCUACGGUCAGUACCCAGGAUACAACCAAGGCUACAGCCAAACUCCAGCUACCACAGGGCAAACUUACAACCAGCAACAACAGAACUAUAACCAACAGUACCAGCAGCAGUACGCUCAGCAAUGGCAGCAGUACUACCAGAACCAGAGCCAGUGGAACCAGUACUACAACCAGUAUGGAAACUACGGCAACUACUCCAACCAGCAGGGCACUCAAGGCACGCAGGGCUCCCAGGGAACGCAGCAGUAGCCGUGCGGCAACGCAGCCUCCGUUUUUUUUUUUUGUUUGUUUGUUUUGUUUUCGUUCCUUUUCUUCCACACGGCAGAUACAGUUUAUUCCUUCAGCGGCAUUCCGCUUUUUUUUAGUCGUUUUGUUUCAGUCUUUUGCUCUCCCCCAGUUUAUCCUCCUUUACACCGCUCCCUUUAAUGAAAGAAUAAAGAGGGUUGUUUAGUC